AUGAAGCUCUCUGACCAGAUUAAAGCACAAGAUCCAUACCACCCCUUUUACACGUUCGAAUUCUUCCCCCCACGCACGGAUCAGGGGUUUGAGAAUCUCGUGUCCCGUAUUUCGCGACUGUCUACUCUGAAUCCGUUGGCACUGAGCGUGACAUGGGGCGCUGGUGGUUCAACCAAAGAUCGGAGUCUCGAGCUUGCUGGGCUCACUCAAGGCAAUGGAUUCAAUACUAUUCUUCAUUUAACAUGCACAAACAUGGAGAUGGGUCUCGUCGACGAGGUCUUGAAGGCUGUGAAAGAUCAAGGCAUCAAAAAUAUUCUUGCUUUGCGCGGAGAUCCGCCACGAGGAGAGGAGGAGUGGAUCGCUUCAGAUCCACGCUUUACUCGGGCUGCCGAUCUGGUCUCCUACAUACGCUCUGUGCCGGAAUAUUCGUCAUGGUUUUGCAUCGGCGUAGCGGGCUAUCCUGAUGGACAUGCAGACAGCCUCGUAGAAGAGGACACAGAAAUCGGGCGCCUAAAAGAGAAGGUUGAUGCCGGUGCCGACUUCAUUAUCACGCAGCUUUUCUACGACGUAGAUCAAUUUCUCUCUUGGUACAAGAAAGUCCGACAGAGAGGUAUCAGGGUACCGGUCAUUCCUGGGAUCAUGCCUAUCCAGACCUACUCUUCCUUCGCGAGAGUCACAAAAUUAUGCGGGGCCAGAGUACCUGAUCCUGUGUCCCAUGCUUUGGCAGCCAUCGGACAUGACGACCAACUAGUGAAGGACUUUGGUGUAAAUCUCGCCGUAGAUAUGAUCUCAAGGUUAAGAGCGGAAGGCGGCAUUUCUGGAUUCCACUUUUGCACGCUGAACCUAGAGAAAAGUGUCCAACGCGUACUAGAAAACCUCGGAUGGGCGGGCCUCCCAACCAUCGCUCCAAAUAAGCUUAUAGUCGAAACCCCAGCACCCGGCACCCCGACGCAUCCUGCACCACAUGUCGAUCUGACUGUACUGACCACGCCUACUCUUGCCACCACUUUGGCGACACAGAGUCUGUCGGCGACCUCCUUGACGGAUGGUGAGGCUGGUCGCGGAGAGCUGAACAACGCCGCCAGCUGGGACGACUUCCCGAAUGGUCGUUUUGGGGACUUCAAGAGUCCUGCGUUUGGAAACCAAGACCUCUGGGGCGGUUCUGGUAUUUCGAGAAAUGAAGCUCUGGCUCAGUGGGGUCAUCCAAAGGAGCUGGAAGACUUGACACGGAUCUUCCUCGACUAUCUUCACUCGAAGAUCCCAACGACGCCACUUUCUCCUACGCCGCUGUCUCCCGAGUCACUUAUGAUCCUGAAACAUCUUGAAAAGCUGACAGAACGCGGCUGGUGGACUGUUGGUUCGCAACCAGCCAUCAGCGGUGCCAGUUCGUCUGAUUCCGUGGUGGGGUGGGGUCCUCGGUCGGGAUAUGUGUUCCAGAAAUGCUUUGUAGAGUUCUUCUGUGAGACGAGCGACGUGGAGGCGAUCGAAGAACUGGUUCGUGAGCGAGGAGGAGGUUGGGUCCAUUAUUUUGCAUCCAAUAAUGAGGGUGAAUGCCGUAGUAAUGUCCCGGCAGACGGGAGGAAUGCGGUCACUUGGGGUGUUUUCCCUGGCAAAGAGAUCAUCCAAACCACAAUCAUUGAGAAAGCGUCGUUCCUGUCGUGGAAGGAAGAGGCGUUUUUCAUCUGGUCCGAGUGGGCAUCGUUUUAUCGACCUGGGUCUGCAGAAAGAAAGCUGCUAGAAGGCGUGAGGGAUAACCGGUGGUUGGUGAGCUUGGUCCAUCAUGACUAUAAGAACACAGAGGCGCUUUGGACCUUCUUGUUUGAAGAUGGAAAAUGUGUCGCAAACGGUGUUCAAUAA